AUGUCUGAGAAAGAGCUCGAGCAGCUCAGGAGGCGCAAAGCCGCUCGGACAUGGGCCAAUUGGCUGCCUGGCUUCCUUAUUUAUAUGGCAGUGCUACAGCAGCGCUUCCCCAUGAAAGCCUUUGUGCUGACGAAAUACCUCGACAUGAUAUAUCGAGCGUAUAUGGAGUACGAAGGUGGCGCCUGGUUGGCCUAUGACGAAGCCUUUCGUGCAGCGCUUCCGAGACCUGGCACCUUCGGCGCGACAGCAGCCGGAACCCAUGCCCCCAUCCCUAUGGGCCAUUGGCAAUGGGAAGUUGAGCGCGCUGUAUGGCAAUCGGUAGCACCAAGUACUAGAGCAUCAUACCAGCGCGCAGAUCACGGAAGGAGGUGUGCACCUGUUCGCGUUGUCAUAUGCGGCCACAGCAUGGUCUUUUGGGCCGGCAGAAGGGCAGCGACCUCUUCAUUUGGAACCCAGCUGGGCUUCAGCCAAUUGGCCAACAUCCAAUGGUUGGGAAGAUGCGGGAUGCGGUGGGAACGGCUCCUUCCCACGUUAUUUCAAGCUGCGGCCUCGCCACCUCAGGUCCUCAUCAUUCACCUUGGAGGAAACGACCUGGGGUUACUCAAGGGCAAGGCGUUAAUAUUACAAGCAAUUGCCGACUUCAAGAUUAUUCGGCAGCGUUGGCCUGGCGUGGUAAUAAUCUGGUCCUGCAUACUGCCCAGGUUUGCGUGGCGAUCUGGAGAGAUCAAGCCAAUGGAGCGGGCGUGCCGCCGUGUCAAUGGCGAAAUCUUCCGCGAUCUAAUUAAACAUGGGGAUGUCAGCAUCAUGCACCCCGCGAUUACACUGGCCCGGAGGGAGCUAUAUCGACAGGACGGCGUACACCUGUCCGAUAUUGGUAACGACUUAUUUCUGUAUGAUCUGCAAAGGGGACUUCAGGGCGUUCUAGGUCGAUGGGGGGGGAGCGACUAA